GUCCGUCAUCUGUGGUAAAUUUAAUUUUUUUGAGAGCAGUGCUCAGAAUUUUAACAACAAUAAUAAAGAUAAAAACUAAAGCGAAUAACAGUUCCUUAAUUCUCGACAAAGUUUAUAUUUACGAUAUAAGAAAGUGUAUUGCAUUUUGAAUAAUGAAUAAAAACUAUGAAAGAUGUACUCAUUGCAACCGACGCAAAUGGCUAGCCACUGGUUGUCUUCGAAAAUGGUUGAAACCGAUGGAAUGUAAACAUCUGCAACGAACUGUGGAUAGCAAAAGAGAUUUUAAUAACACAGAUAUUGUCAAUCGUGUUUACUUGCCUGAGCGUAUGCCCCCUGUCAACACGAAUAAAUUCGUUAGGUUUUGGAAGAAUAAACUUUUCGUUGCUGGCAGUGUUCGAUCGUUACAGAGAUAUUUUGGUAAUAAAAAUAUUGGUGGUGAACAUUUAUGUAGUCUUGGUAAGGCAAAUGAACCUUCAACGUCGACUGAGAAGCAUAUUGUUACCAAGCUUGACAUAAAGAAGGAUUUGGAACUUGAGAAGUCAAAUAUUAAGUGCCAGCAUGCUGAUGGUCACUCUGUGCUCAGAGGUCAUCACCAGCAUAUAUCAGUUGAAAGUUGUGCUAUAUACUGUCAACUUUCCAAACAUGGUUGGUACUGGGGUGGAAUAACCUCAAGCGAGGCAGAGAAGCUUCUAGCUGGACAGCAUGAUAAUGUUUUCUUGGUGCGAGACUCUUAUGACUCAAGGCACAUCCUUUGUGUUUCUUUCCGUUGUGUUGGGCGCACCCUACACGCACGUCUACGACAUGCCAAUGGACUCUUUUCCUUGAACAAUGAAACAUAUGUUCCAGCAAACAGAAUAUCAGAACAUUGUGCUACAGUGGCUGUCAAAUCUAAAUUGUUUGAAAUGCCAGUUAAACUUGCCAGACCUUUGAACAGAUUUGCCAAGUUAGACUCCUUACAAAAGUACUGCAGAUUUGUGGUAAGACAAACAGUUUCAGAUAAGUUAUGGAAUAAACUGCCACUACCGACCAAUCUUAUAUCUUAUGUUUCUCUUGGCAGUGAUUACAUUGCCCCAUUAUAGAAUAGACAAAAAAAAAAUUGUGCCUUAAAUCUUCAAUGCAUGUAUCUAUGUUAAUCCAUUAUUAAUCUAAUCUAUCUCUGUUAUAUGAGUAAUGACUAUGUAAAAUGUUAAAUUUUAUACAAAAACUAUAUUAAUUAAAUAUCCUUAAA